GCAUUCGGUAUUCGCAAUUGGAAUUGGACAGUACGCUGGUAGGGUAGGCGCACAAGCGAAGCUAUUAACGGUGUAAAGUGUAAAAAACGGAUAAGUGUUGAGUUUGGUUUGAAGACAAAAAAACUGUAAAUGCAAACAUACAUAUGUACAUAUGUAUACAUAAGUGCACAAACACAUACAACAUGUAAAGGAGUUUGUUUGGAAAGCAACAAAAAGUGUAAAGUAGAGGGCGUGAGAAGAAAAAAAAAACGAGAAGCCGAAACUAAAAAAACGCUGACGUAGACAGAAAUGCAGUGCGCGCGCAAAGAAAACUAAAAUGCAUAUAGUGAAAUAUAAAAAUAUUAAAUUUCAAUAAAAUAAAGUGCCAUGAUUUGCAAAUAAAAGAAAUCUCAACAAAUUCUGUAUUCAGUUAACUAACUAAAACUCGUUGACUAACCAGUACAACAACAGCUUGCAAGUCGCCAGUCACAGUCACGCUAAUUAUAGCGCACUUGUACAACAACAGUAAUAACAACACAAACACAUUGAUUCUGUCUAAGCUGUUCUCGCACCGACGUUUUAAAAACAUCUAAAAUAAAUCUCACGCGUAGAGAUGACACCAGCGGAGGACGCCACCUACACGACCAGUAGCGGCUCGAAGCGUGCCAGUUACUCGCUGAUUGGCAUUAAAAUACUGGAACUAGCACUUGUCGUCGUCUGCAUCGGCCUCAUCGAUGAGCCAUCCACGCACUCACAUCUGCGCAUCUUCAUAACGCCGCGCGUUGUUGCGCUCUGCUAUGUAACCUUUGGCAGCCUCAUCAUUUAUUCGUCAAUUUACUUAAUUAUGGCAUUGUUCGGCGAUAUCACCCCUUGGCGCACUUCGGUUUUAUGGUCUUUAGUUGGCUUCAUUCUCCUCAUUGCUGCGACGGCGAUGCUCUUCCGCGAUUGGUCCACCACAAAGGAACGCAACUAUUGGCAUCCGAAUAUGCAACGGCUUGACCUAGUCUUGGGUGCUGCCUCAGUUUCAUUGGUUACCACGCUCAUCUAUUUGGUGGAUUUGUUGGCCAUAAUACGUUUUGGCAUUAGUGGUGAGCUGGAGUAAACGCGUAGGGAUGAUCGAUUGUUUGAGCUAUCGACUGUAUGGGAAAGCCGAUGCCUCCUGUACGGGGUUCACCUUAAUGCUGUAAUAUUUACAGAAACGAGCGAGUAUAUUUUUUAUUGUAAUGUGUUUUAUUAAUAACUUCUUUUAAAGGAAAUAACUGCAAUAAUUUUAUGUUGAAUACAUAGUAUUAAGCUCAAUGUAUGUAUUUUUUUCGUUGGUAUUUUCACUUAUACAAACAUACACAAUAAUAAUGUUAUUAAGCGCAAUCGAAUAUAUGUAUGUAUCAUUUGCCAUGGGGAAGUUUUUUUCAAAAUGUACAAAAAAUGCAAUUAUUAAUAUUGAGUAUCAAAUAAGAAUAUGUCAAAUAUGUAUUUGCUCAAAUACACUUUUCAUUACAACAAAUUAUUUAGUUACUUACAUACUAAGGGCAAAUUUGAAAUAAAUCACUUUUUUAAUAUAACGA